AAACCAGCCGUCACAAGAACCAAUUUCCAUAUCGCAUUACUGAUCGCUUGCACGGGGAUCUUUCCCUUACGAUUUUUCUUGGCUUUUCAAAAGAGAGGGUAAGUUUGAAAUAGUUUGUUGAUCGUUCAAGUGUGUAAUAGCGCUCGAAAAGUAUUGAAAAUGUCGUGCUUUGACGUAUAAAACGCAUCAAGUACUCAAACUAAUUCUAUUCAAAAUGGCGGAUUUUGUGCUUCGUGCAGCAUGUUUUUCAUGCUUUUCUCGGAAUCAAACGGACGAAAUGUGUCUUCAUUAGAAAGACAGGAACAUGUUCUAUAAACUUUACUUCCAAUGUUUUCUUUAAUUAGCGGAAAAUCUCGCUUCUUGCGCCAAUUUGUAUCGAGCGGAUCGAUGAAGCGAACUCAAAACCGUGGACAAAGACAGAGCAUAUGGACGCGAACGACACGCCAUGUCAGCAAGUUGCUGAACUACAAAGGGAAUACGAGCGACUCUCUUUGGAGAAACACCAGUACCUUCAGACCUUAAACAACAGCGAAGCGUUGAAAUUGCAACUACGCGAAACUCGAAAAGAUGCUAAGCAUUUAUCAAAACAGAAGAAGAAAUUGCAAGCCAUGACGGAUAUUGGGAAGCCGAGCGAAGAGGUAAUGCAAUGGGUGAUGGUAAUGAUAUUGUUAUAGCAGUAUUUCUUAACCCUACUUAGUGAAUGAAAAUGUGAAACUGGGAUAAAAAAAAACAGAAAAAAAAAUCAACGAGACAUAUCAUAGUUUGGUUCAGAAACUCCAUUCUGUCAAUCAACCGUGAUUUUAGAGAGAAAAUGAUUAGAAUAAGCUAAUUCAACGAGUUUAUUCAUGCGAAAACAAAAAAAAAUCUCUAUUUUCAUUGUAAACAGCUGUGUAACUACCUUAUGAACUUGGCCACCAAAAAUUUCUCUAAGAAAUUCCGUGAAGGGUAGAUUGUUAAAAUCGAUUCUGAUGGUUUCCGGCAUCCUUAUUCAUGGAAUUACGCCAUGUUUAAAGAAAACUGGCGGCUAGUGAAUCCAGUCCGAACGGGAAAAUAAUUUUCUUUGUUCUUCACAGCCGUAUCCCACGCAAAUAUUUAGAAGUUCAAUUCCAACGUGAUAAAGCAACCAACUAGUUUCAACCAACUUAAUUUUAAGGCAUGGCACCCUUGACAGGUCCUGACCCUUUGUCGGUCAUGUGAGAAGCUUAGAGAGAUCUCAUCACCAGUAGAAAUAAACUGGAAUUGAAAGCGCGGGGGUUCCCUUGCGGACCAAGCUUUUUUGUUUACCACGCAUACAAUUAUAAAUUGCCUACGCUCUGCUUGUAACAUCAAAUGGUUUUAAGCGUAACGCAAAUGUGAAGCAAAGCUUUAUCUUCAAUCACCUUUGUAAAAGAAUGCUGGCUUGAAACCAAAACUAUUGAAAUUGAAAACGGUAAGUUCGUGAUCAUGGAUUAUUCCAAGUUUUUACUUUCAUUUAUUGAAUUUUUUUUCUUAAAGAAGCACACCACAUUUGCCAUGGUGUGCACUGUUGCCACGGAGGUGCACCAUGGAAACCAAUAUAAUCUACCUUAUUCAAAUUCGUUAAACUGCCCACACAGUAUCGUCACCAACUAAUUAGUUAUAUCUCGUCGGCGUCGGUCGAAGCUUAAUAUUAUUCGCCGUAAUCCUUUUGAAAUUUGCGUCGGCGAGAAAGCAAUAGAUGCAAACUCGAUUACAAUUUGCCAGAAGUGCCUUUCCAGUUUAGUCACCAAAACUUUUAAGGGUGCUCUGUACGUUAUAAAGCGAUCAGACUUCUAAACUAAGUCAAAGUCGAUAAACUAACUUAUAUUAACCUGUAGAAUUGAUCCAGUCCAAUUUAAGAAAUAUUAUUUAUAUAGCAUCUGAUGUGAACGGGAUUUUUUUCUAAUUAAGGAUUUGACAAAUCCUCGAUGUUUGUUUGUGUUGCCAAAGAAUCUCUAAUUUCAUGUUUUCAUUCAUAAGUAAAAAUUUAAACAUGGCAUGAAGUAUUGAAUAGUGGAAUUUAAAUCAAGGAAAUUUUGUGUCACCGAAAUUCUGGCCUCGGCUGGAAUGAAGAAUAUUUACCAAAGAAGUGUGAAAAAGCACAAGUAAUAUGCAAACGGUCAAAUUUGUUACUUUUGCUGCCAGGGGAAAAAAGGAGGCUCUGUAGACUUUCUGCAAAUUUCAUUCUAUAUAAGUUCAAUUUCCUUGAUAAAAAAAAUACACCUCUUCUAAAAGUAUCGCUUCUGAAGUUAUUUUUAGCCUCACAUAAAAAAUAAAACUAAACAAAAACAAAACAGUUGAGUCUUCGGUCACUGGGAGUGGCUAGACGGGGAAUAAAAAUAUGGGUGACGCCGAUGGGAACUUCGCCAAAGGAAACAACUCCCAAAAGAAUCGCAAAGCUCUAUUUGGAUCAUUUUUUGUUCACACACUCUCUCUUCGGGCUUUUCCCCCAUCAAGUUAACAACGUGUUUCAGUUUAAGCGGCGAACGGCUUGCAGCCAUUUUAACAUGUGGCUGGCAAUGCUUUCAAAUUUUGUUUUGAGACCGUUUAUAGGCGAUGAUAAGUCAGACUUUCUACCCGUUACUGGCAAGCAAUGUUUCAAAUUUCAAUACUUGAUACACUCCAAACUGUUUUACGUUCGGGUUUUGCUGGAGUUACAUUUUGCGUUUGUUAAGUUCUUGCGAAUUUUUUCUUCUAACUAAAUGCUAAAAAUAACUCGUUUACUUAAAAAACUAGCUUCGAACCCUCUAGAACUUCUGUCGUGAUAUUCUUAAACUGAAAAGUGUUAAACUCUGUGGUCUGCAGUUUUUAGUUCCUGUGGAACUCAAAUUAAUCAGUGUUGGAAAUUUUUGUUGCAUGUUGGUUAAAGAACUACGAACCUGUAACUAAAUCCACAUGAAGUGUACUUCCCCUUAGCGAAGCUAUGUUUACUUAUUGGCAGAACAGUAUGGCACAUGAACUUCUUUUUGGCAGGAAAUUUACAUUCAAGAACGUGGUGUUUGAUACUUAAAACAUCGAGACUGAAAGUGAUACUGGGUGUAAAUUAUAACCUAGCAGAUCCUAGAAAAUAUUGAGUCGUGGAAUAUGUUUGUAUAGUUUCCUGUGGAGAGCGCUUUGCAGGAAAAGUGUCGCGUUAAUUUUCAUAGAGGUACGAACCUGCAGUUGUGAUUGAAACAAACUUGAACAUGAAGUUUUUGGAAAGUGAAAUAAUUCCGCAAAGAUUGUGUGAAGUGCGAGAGGUUCACCAUAUCGUAUUACAAACAAAGAGUGUGAUAAUCCUUUAGUUACACCUCUUUCCGGCGACCCUGGAAAAACUCCAUUUUUGGUAAAAAUCAGGCUGGUUUUGCAUUCAGUUGGUUUUAAGUGGAGCGAAGCAUCGCGCUAUAAGAGUUUUAUUGUUUUCAGUAUCUUAACAAUAGUUCUGUUUGUUCUUCUUGACAUAAAUCUAAAUAUUUCACUUCCGCUCCGUGCAUUGUUCCUUAAAUAUUCCCCGCUUUCGUUUCACAAAUUUCCCCAAACAAACCGAAAUUUUGAUAACACUAAAUUUAGUCAGAUGACACCCCGUUUCACGAGGCUAGCAAAGUUUACGAUCAUUUUAGAAGCUGUCUCUGUGUAUAAAUUCGGCAAGCUGGCGUUUCGAUACAUUUAUUACCUCAACUUCACUUCGAUCGAGUUACGCUUAUAAGAUGUCAUGGAUUUAUCAGUCUCUUCAAAGUGGACGCUAGUGGUAAUGCUUUUUUCCUUCUUUUUUUUAUUUUUAUGCGGUUACCUCGAUCGGCGAUCUAUUUCCGAUCUUUUCUAAGUUUAGAUGAAUCGACUUAUUUCGGCCGUUUCUUGUGACGUACAAAUUUCCUUACUGUUAUAAUAUGUUCCACAUGAAGGAAACUGUAGAAUGUUGGUGCGAUAAGCCGAUUGACAGAGACCUAUCAGCAAAUGAUCGAGCGAGACGAGGACAGACUAGUGGUUUGCCUGUAUGGUAAGGUACAAAACUGACGCAAGAAAAAUUGACACAGAUUGAAAAUGACGAUCUCCGAAUGGCCAUGACGGUUCCUUUAAUUUACAGCCGAAAAAUGUCUUCUCUGCCUCUAAAAUGAAUCAUGACAUCAUCCUUUCAUUUCAACAAUAUCUAAAUUUUAACCAGUAGCCUUGAACGGCUCUGUUGAACUUGAAAAGUUUAUCUUUUGCAAAGCAUAUGUUUUCACUUUUCUACUGAACCCAAAAUUCGAAUGAUUUGUAACAUGACUGCAUGUGUAACCAGGGUAUAUCGUUUUCGAAAGAGAGUCAUUCUUUUCCGCCAGAAUACCGUGACAGUCUUGGAAUACAUACUUAAUUCCAUCGCUAGAGAAACAACAACGUAGGGAAUUAAAUUCUCAAUCACCGAUUCGCUCUAUUUCCUCACAAAUUUUAUUCUAGAAAACGAAAUUUAUAAGACGUGUCUUUUAUUUUUAGCAAAAAGUAUCGUAAAACUAUUCAAAUUGCUUUGAUAAAAACAAACUUCCAACAAUUAAUGAUAUAUCGGUUUAUUGAAAUUAUUUAUACAUAUUAGUUUCAUUACCCAUUAGAUCGUGUUAAAUGUUUCUGGUCUAAGGCGCGAAAUAAAAUCCUACUGAGUUAUUUCCUACAGUGGGCUUCGAAAAUAAGAAUAAGUUAAUCUUUCAACCUCUAGAAGUGAUUAACAUGUAACUUCUCCCUAUAAUUUUCACACAUUAUCCAGCAAACAGGUAUUGAGAAUACUCAAACUUAUCAGGUAGAAGUUGCUUACUUAAUCUGUUACCAAAUUAUCGUAACUAAUUUACGAUAAACUGUUCAGCAGCUAGAGGGGAGAAAUAACGAUCAGAUCUUGGGAACUGGGCUGCCUGUGCUUAAAUGCGUGGUUAGGCUGUGGUGGUGCUAAUCUCUUUUGAUUUAUACUGCUUGUUAUGACAGUAAUCCAAUUUUUUUUCUAUUUUUGCCAGACAUCAGAACAGCCUCCUGAAGACCGGAAUCCUCGACCAGAAAAUCGCUUUGCUCUAGAGCCGAUUCACACUGCACUGGAAGAGACAUUUCUUUCUCGAGAACAAACAUACUCUCUUCCAUCACAAGAAAGUUUCUCUCCUCCGUCAUCCCCACAGGAUUCAGAAAUGAAUGGUCACAUCUCCCCGGUCCUCCCUAGUUCUAACGGGUCUGCUAAGGUUGAAAAGUCCCCCGAUUGGGGCACCCUGGAUGCCAAAACUGAAGCUAACGCUUUAAGGAUUGAAAACCGAGAUUUGGUCAGGAUGAAGAGGAAACUGGAAGAACAGGUUCGAAACCUGUUUCAGGAGGUUGCUACUGUGGGAACGAGAUGUAAAGAACUUGAGAGUAUUGCUCAGCGGUAAGUUACUUUUCUUGGAUGGUCACGCGCACUCGAUAUGGCUAAAUUCUGAUAUCAAAAGAUAUUUACCAUCUGAAUUACAGCAAAUGGUACAGGAAAGAUUCUUACUUAAUCCUUAACAAACUAUUCAAGGGAAUUAUAAACUAAACAGAAAUUUUCAGAACAAGCCUACUGCUAGACUUUUGUGGGCUAAUCAUGGUUCCAUGUUUUCCUGCGCGUCGCGUCGGUGCCUUUUUUUCCCGCUUAGUGCCGGUUCCGGCGCCGGCUCCAUAUUUUCCCGCGCUUGAGACUAGCUCCCUGCUUUCCCGCGCAUGGUAUCGACUCCGUGUUUGCUGGUCCACUUUGGCUUUGGCGACCUCCAUUUUCUCUCUCCUUCGUUGAAGUACAAUUGGUACUUAGUUCUUGACAUACUAAGUUCUUUCUGAGCCUUCUACGCGUGAAUAACUAAAACUUUUCCUUCUUAUUAUAGCCUUGAAGCCGAAAACCGACGCCUUUCUCAUCAGUUGGGUCUUGCACAUAGCAGUGUGCAAAGAGGUCAUCAGUAUGGUCCAAAUGAAGAAGUCCAACUGUUGAGAGCGCAGGUAUAAUUCGAUAUAUUUUUUUUUUCGCAGAAGAAACUAAAAAUACAGGGGCUUGCCUCUUGUCGGUCAUGGCACCGAGUACGAUGACAACAACCUUAGUUAACUCCUAAGUUCUUAAAAUUGAUUUUCCCUUAUUGUUGCUGGAAAAUCUCUCGUAAAUUGUUCACAUGACUCGUUUGUUGGGAAAAGUAAUGACCAUCACCAUAUUGUUCUCUAUACAUUUCCUAAGUUGCUGACAAUGAGAAUUUGUUUAACAAUCAGAGGCAUUUUAAAUUGGUGAUCAUUUCCUUUAGAACUAGUAUGUUUAUCGCAUCUGGGAUUUUAGAGUUUAACAUAAUCAACCACAUCUUUCUUCACAGCUGAAAUUGUAUGAGGAUGAUUUCAAGAAAGAGCGAUUGGAAAAAGAACAGUUGAUCACUCAAAAAGAACGCCUCAAGAGAGAGCUGAGCGACUCCAACGCAACUGUUGCUGGUCUGCAACGUCAGCUAAAACAGGUAGAUACGAUAAAUUAAAAUACCAUUUUUAUACAGCUGAAGGUGUAAUGUUUGUUUGGGCACAUGAAAGAACAAAAUCACCGGCGUGUGCAGUUUGUAUUCAACUAACGUGAUUGCCGACCAUCGUUCUUUCCCUUUUGCCACUUGUAAUGAAUAAGAAAUGUUGGGGACAUGGUUAUCCUUUGAACAAGCUCAAAAGCUAUGCGUUGAACGUCCGCUCGCAAUACUAGACCCACAAUCAAACAGCUCUUAUUUUCUGCAAUGGAAAAUCUGUAGAGCAUCAACUGCUUACUGGACCUGGAAUAUGCGUUCUAGUGGUUAACACGUUAGACUCUGGAUCGAGUAGUCCAUGGUCGAGAACUCUGGCUAGGAAAUUGUUUUGUAUUCUUGGCCAAGACGCUUUACUCUCACAGUGCCUGAACUUUACCUUUACCUACUGAAUAAAACUGUCAAUGUUUGUAGUGUGCUGUUUUCUGAGCUUCGUGUAUUUCUUAACAUCAAAAUAAACCUUUGAAUUUCUAGGCUCUCAAUGGCGAGGGUGGAUAUGGUGAUCCACGUGGUGCACGAAUGCCAAUCAUGAGCGAGCCCUACGUCGAUCCCUACACUCUGAGGCAUCCUUUGGAUUAUGGGAUGACUCGUACAUACUCGGGAGGAUACAUUGGUCCUGGAGCAAGCAAUGUAAGUACUGACUUCCUACCUCUGAUUAUGCUAGCUACGUACUCCUCAAGGUUUGCUCCCUCUGUCUGCUACCCCUCUUCUACUUCAUUCUGUCCUUCUUAUUCUGCAUCUCCUCCUCCUUGUUCUUUUUCUUCAUUUUCUCCCUCUUUCCUUCCUUCUCCCUCCUUCCUCCCGUUCUAUUUUUCCUUUCCUUUUCAUCUUUCUCCCCUCCCCUUGUGUUCGUUUCUUUCUCAUUCUUUUCAUCUUUCUCCUUCCUCUCAUUCUCUGUUUUUCCUUUUUCUUCAUCCCUCCUGCUCAUCCUUAUUUCUUUUUCCCUUCUUCUCCCUUCCCUCUUACUUCCUUAUUUUUGUUUUCUUUCUUUUCCCUUCCCUCUUGCUCCUUCUUCUCGUUAUCUUUCCCAUGUCCUCUUCACCCCAUUCCCACCUCCAAUUCCCCCUCCGUUUCCUCUUUCCCAUCUUUCUCCUCUUUCUCUUUCCUUUUUUUCCUUCCCUCUGCAUUCCUCCCACUCCUCCCAUCCCCUUUCCUUCUCAUCUCUUCCUCAGUCCUCCUCCUCACAUCCUCUUUAUGCCUGUACCUUUAUCUCCUCUUUUCCUUCCUCUCCUUGCUUUUCUUUCUAACCACUUUUCCUCCUUUUUUCCGUCUCCUCAUCCUCCACCUCCCUUCCUCUUCAUUUCACUUGUUCUCCUUCUCGAUCCUUAUUUUCCUCCUACCAGUCAACGAGUUUGACCAUUUCAUAAUUAUGGCUUUUUUUUUUAAUUUCCAGACUGUGCUUCGACGUGGACAGACACCGUACGUCAAGAAGGCGUUCCUGUCACCAGACAUGACAGCCGUCAUAGAUCGUGACGUUGUAGAUGGUCCACGCACGGGACCCCCAAAAAGCAUUUAGCAAGGAGUUAACCUUGUUUAGAGUUUUCCUUGCCGGCUUGCUUUAUUUACAAGCUCCAUAACAUGCGCAAUUCAUCACGUAACAAAUUGAUCAUAUUUCAUCAGUUCUUGGAGCGAAUUGUGGGAGAGGGUUUAUUUCGCGGGUGUUUUUCGAACAUUUGCGAAUUGGGUUCGUUGUGUCGAGAUUCUAACUAAAUUAAGGGAAGAGUGUUUGUAAUGAUAUGUGAUAAACAUGAGUGUAUUCAAACUAAUCCGUGCUUUUUUUUAUCUCAAUUAUAUCUUAUAAAGCUAUUUUCCCAUUUAUGAUAACCUUAAUAAUACUCUUUUUUUUUUUAAUUCAGUUGUAAGCAUUGGGGUGACAUUAUGUCUCAAUUCUUUCAUUCAUCGCCACUCGUUAGUCAAGAUUCGUUUUAAUUUUUUUCUGUUAGAAAAGUUGGAAACGUUCCCCAGUUGUUUAACACUCUGUUUUUUUCUCCCAUUACGACAUUGUCUCUGUGAAGUUAUUUUCUCCCUGGAAGUAAAUUCGUUUUAAAAAGAGACCUGUCGAUUAAGUUUCAAUAAAUUGUCUAAACUGAGUUUUUGUAGAGCACGCAGGUCCAUAAGAUGUUUUUUCCUAAAAUUUAACAAAGCUUUUCGCCGCAAUUAUUUUUAGUUUCAUGAUUAUAAGUAGCUGCUAGCUUCCUAGAACACAGCCCAUGGCUUUUUCUAUAAAUUCUUUGUCUAAGAGAUCAAGAAAGCGCAUACUUAACGUUGAGUUACCUGUGGCUACAAACAUGGCUUGCUUGCAGAAGUCGAUCGAGGCAAGAUUAAUCGUUUCAAAACUUAGAUGAACGUGGCAUCCAAGCGUUUCUAAACAAGCUUUCAAUGAGCCAGAGGUUGAGCGUUAUUUUUUUAUAUUGAAGACACCUUACCGCUAUACAAUAAAAUCUUGCCUGGGUUAUAUAUCUAGCAAUCACUGUAGACAACAAUUUUCCACUUUUCAUUUACCUCAAAAAGUGAGUGUUUAUUUUAAAGAAGCC